ACAAGAAUCAAAUCAAUACCGACUAACCCAAACCUAUAUAUUGAAGGGAGGGAAGCCAAAUAAACCCAAAAUCAUUUCAAGAACAGGAAAACCCUAUCAUUUUCCUCCGCUUUCUUUCCUAGGAAACCUGCAGUGCAAUUCUCCUCUUCUUUCCAGCAAAUGGACGAAAGCCCUUCUGCGAAGAGAUGGCUUCCUCUCGAAUCAAAUCCGGAAAUCAUGAACCAGUUUCUCUGGGGACUUGGUCUUCCGGAGGACGAAGCAGAAUUCUACGACGUUUAUGGUUUUGAUGACGAGCUCCUGGAAAUGGUCCCGAAACCUGUGCUUGCAGUGCUCUUCCUUUUCCCCGCGGCAGCCGAAUCUGAAGCAGAGAGAGUGUCAGAGGAGGAGCAGUCUCCGGCAAGUGCAAAAAAGGAAUCAAGUGAUAAAGUGUAUUUCCUGAAACAAACUGUGGGCAAUGCCUGUGGAACAAUUGGCCUUCUUCAUGCUGUAGGAAAUGUAACUUCAGAGAUUAAGCUCCUUGAGGGUUCAUACUUGGAUAGGUUCUUCAAAUCAACAGCAAAAAUGGAUCCUCUAGAGCGCGCCGCAUUUCUUGAAAAAGACAGGGAAUUGGAGGCUGCACAUUCUGUAGCAGCUACUGCGGGCGAUACAGAGGCUCCAAAUAUCAACACGAACGUAGAUACGCAUUUUAUUUGCUUUUCAUGUGUGGAUGGAGAACUCUAUGAACUUGAUGGUAGAUGGUUACAUCCAAUAUCACAUGGCCCCUCCUCACCCAGCAGCUUAUUGAAGGAUGCUGUCAAAGUCAUUCAAACGAUGAUCCAGAAGAUUCCUGAUUCGAAUAGUUUCAAUUGCAUCGCGUUUUCAAAGAAAGUGGAGGGAGCAUCUUAAAAUCGGUGAUGAGAGCAAAUUAACUUCUGUUAGCUAAUCCAGUUAUCACAGGUGGGAGUGGUGCAUACUCAUUGUGACAAAAUCACAGCCAAACGCAUGAUAAAUCAAAAUCUUCACUGUUUUCUUUGAAGAGGAAUGGAUGAUCUGGUGGAUCGUCUGUCUGCCAAUACAAGCAUGUGAUGCAUGCACUAUAUUCACGGUCAACAUGGUAGUUGAGUGGAAUUAAUUUACAUUUUUGCAAUCAAACAGUUGUCAAGUGUUUCGUAUGGCUUUA